AUGCCGAAUUCCGUCUUAAAAUACAUUGUCGAUUUUUUUUUGAACUUUGAAGUAUUGCUCAGCGACACGAACGUCCGGACUCCGACGCAGAACGGCAAACUCACGGCUGCCUACAAGACCCUCAUAUCCAAAAUUUGCGAAGAAGUUGGAUAUGAGAUACCGUGGCAGAACAGGGGCGGAGUACUUGUUGCAGAAGAAAGAAUUUUUGCGAAAACAAACAACGCGUGUCCGUUUGACAGCCCCUCCGAGGAAAAGCCUUGGAACUUCUUUGACAACACGCCCAUUACCAAGCUUUUUAUAGAGAGUGAAAGUAGAAUGGGAAAGAGAAAAUCGCCCGCAUAUGAAGACAAUCAUGAUCAAGAAGAUGUGCUGCCGGUAAUGGUGGGAUUCAGCCAAGUGUUAACGCUGCGACAAGUCGAGCAAAGUCAUGAUGACUGCCGCCUUGUCGGUCUGUCAGCUACGCUUCCCAACUAUCAGGAUGUUGCCACUUUCCUGUGUGUGAAACCUGAUUACCUCUUCUACUUCGACAACAGCUACCGUCCCGUACCAUUGGAACAACAAUACAUCAAUGUCAUCGAAAAGAAGGCUUCGAAACGAUUUCAAGCAAUGAACGAGGUCAAAAAAUUCGAUCUGAAGGGCUUGCUUCCGUAUGAAUUUGCAAUCCAUCAUGCUGGAAUGAACAGACUUGAUCGUACGCUUGUGGAAGGCUUGUUUGCGGAUAAGCACAUACAGGUUCUUUUCUUCACUGCAACACUGGCAUGGGGUGUGGAUUUGCCCGCUUAUACGGUCAUAAUCAAAGGCACCCAAAUCUAUAAUCCAGAAAAGGGUGGAUGGACUGAGCUCGGUGCUCUUGACGUUAUGCAGAUGCUUGGUGGAGCUGGUCGUUUAGUAUGA